AUGGAUAACACAAACAAGCGACCGAAUUUCCUGGUCAUCGUUGCCGAUGAUCUGGGGUUCAGCGACAUCGCACCCUAUGGAGGAGAAAUUGAGACUCCCAAUCUCGCCAAAUUGGCUGAAGAGGGUAUCCGAAUGACCAAUUUCCAUACCGCGUCCGCAUGCUCUCCAACCAGAUCAAUGCUGUUUUCUGGAACCGACAACCACAUCGCGGGACUCGGACAAAUGGCCGAAUUCAUGAACAACUUUGGCGAUUAUUUCAAGAACAAGCCCGGCUACGAGGGAUACUUGAAUUGGCGAGUCGCCGCAUUAUCGGAGAUCCUGCAAGAUAACGGUUACAAUACACUCAUGUCUGGAAAAUGGCAUCUGGGAAUGACAAAGGAUCUCGCUCCACACUCGCGAGGCUUCGACAAAAACUUCUCAUUGCUUCCAGGAGCUGGAAACCAUUACAACUUCGAGCCUCAGUUGGAGGAUGGCGAAUGCGAUGGUCCCUGUCUUACUACAGACGGCUUUUGGACUGAAGGCAGCGAAUAUCUUGAUCGGUCGGAUCUGCCCAAGGAUUUCUAUUCGACUCAGGCCUUCACCGAUAAAAUGAUCGGAUUCCUCAAAGGCCGGACAGAGGAGGAAUCUCAAAAGCCAUUCUUUGCUUACUUGCCAUACACGGCACCGCAUUGGCCUCUCCAGGCACCUCGGGAGAUCAUCGAGAAAUAUGCGGGCAAGUACGAUGACGGCCCUGAUGCCCUAACACAGAAGCGGCUACAGCGUCUUAAGGAGCUGGGUCUAGUCGAUGAAAAUGUAGACCACCACCCUCCCGUCGGAGCUCUCGGAAAGGCAUGGGAGGAAUUGUCACCCGAAGAAAGAAAAAUCUCUUCGCGGAAGAUGGAAGUCUUUGCAGCGAUGGUUGAUCAGCUGGAUGCCAAUAUUGGUCGGGUUAUUGAGCACCUUGAGUCUACAGGCGAGCUAGAUAACACUUUUGUUCUGUUCAUGUCAGACAACGGAGCAGAGGGUGCGGCAUUGGAAGCUCUUCCGCUAAUGGGAGGAACAAAGAUGAUGGGAGACAUCAUCGCCAAAUAUUACGACAACACGCUAGAAAACAUCGGCGAGCCCAACUCAUUUGUGUGGUACGGUUCUCGCUGGGCAUGUGCUGCGACUGCCCCCUCACGAGGAUUCAAAUGCUGGAUCACUGAAGGUGGCAUCCGCUGUCCUUGCGUUAUCCGGUACCCACCCUUUCAUGCUAACCCCGGGGCCAUCACGCCAUCAUUCACAACUGUCAUGGAUAUCCUGCCGACAAUUCUAGAACUGGCUGGAGUCGCACACCCCGGCUCGCAGUUCCGCGGGCGGGAAGUUGUGAUCCCACGAGGCCAGUCAUGGGUCUCGCAUUUGGCUUCUGGGGACUACCAGAAUACCAGUGUCCAUGAAAAAGAUGUGCACAUCCAUGGAUGGGAGCUGUUCGGACAGCGGGCUAUCCGUGAAGGAAACUGGAAAGCUGUCUGGAUGCCGAAGCCGAACGGAAAGGAGGCGUGGGAACUUUUUGAUGUCGAGUCUGACCCUGCCGAGUCAAAUGAUCUUGCUGAGGCCCAGCCGGAUGUUCUCAAUCGCUUGACUGAGCACUGGGAGAAAUACUUUGCAGAGACGGGGAUGGUGCAGACUCCCAUGUUCGGCGGCGGAGCGUUCGGCGCGAAAAAGGGCAAAUGA